CACACAGCUUUUGUCAGCGGUGGGGGAGGGAGGGCUCGUUCCCUGGACCCCUCCCUCCUCGCCCUCCUCUUUUAUCCCCAUCUUCCCUCUUUUAUCCUCCGCUCGCUCGGGCCCCACAUUCUCACAUCGACUCUCGGCGGAGCCUCACAUGCCACGAUGAGCGUCCUGCCGUGCUGCUCCCUGCUCCUGCUCCUCCUCUGCCUCCCUGUGCUCCCAGAGGCCAAGCGUCAGUCUGGCCACGGGAGGCCCGACAAGCCCCGGGCGGCACCGACGGCGCCGGCGGCGCCGGCCAAGCGCCCGCGGAGCCGCUCCGUGGCCGUCUCUGGAGAGCUGAGCACCAAGGACGGGCACCGCUGCUCCUGGCACACGUCCGGCGAGGGCCUGGUGAGCCUGCUGGUCAACUGCAGCGCCGGGGUGCUCGGGGAGCAGAGGUACUGGUGUCGCUACGCCGGUAAACCAGACCUGUGCCAGGGCUACGGGCUGAAGUCCAGCCAGUACUGGAAGCAGCUGGUGGGGAAGCUGAAGAAAAGGCAGAACGCCUGUGAGGGAGAAAAGGUUCUGAAGGCCAAAACCUGCAAGAAGGCGCCAGCCGAGGCCCACAUGAAGCUGGCCCAGCGCAGCGGGGGGGAGGAGGGGAAGGGGGGGAGGGGGGGCGGGAGGAAGAAGGCCUCAGCGGCCAGUAAGAGCCCGGAGGGAGGGAGGGCGGAGAGGAGGAGGAAGAAGGAGGAGCAGGAGAAGAAGAAGCCCGAGGAGCAGCAGGAGCAGGAGGAGCAGCAGAAGAAGAAGCCCGAGGAGCAGGAGCAGCAGGAGCAGCAGGAGCAGGGCUACGUCAGCGACAUGGAGCCGGUGCAGAGUUACUGCAGCGAAGGCUGGAACGCCGUCUGCUCCUUCUUUGUCAAGUUCUUUGAGGGCUGAGUUCCCUGUUGCACCACGACGGCGCGGUUUCACAAUCUAGAAGAAGAAGAAAGGAGCAUCGAGCAGCUGCUUGCUCCAAUGCCUGGUGUCAUGUUUCUGAUUAAAGAUGAGUUCACGGUUACGAUAAACCCACGUUUGACGUCUUUCUAUUUCUAGACACAAACUCAUAGUCAUAGAAAAAAAAUCAGCUCCAGGUUCAACAAAAUAGAACUCUGGAAAUGUUUAAUGGAGCUUUGUUUAGUUUGUGCUAAUUCAAAUUAGCUUUGUUGUACGAUGAAUUGUUUUGUUGUCUAGGAAUCCGAUGUUAUGUCGAGACCGACUAACAAAUAAACAUCCUGAUUUAGUGGACGAUCAGAGGCGACAUGAUGACAAGUCUUUUGCUCCUGAACUUUCAUGAAAACUGAGCCUAGCGCUAAUUAAAAUAACUAUUUAUUAAGGCACGACGAUCAUCUGCGACAAUUUAGGGAUUUUUAAUUUUUGGGUUGUAAAACUAAUAUUUUUACAAACAACUAAGUGGUUUUCUGUUGGUUGUAAUUUGUGCGUCUUAGAUGUGAGCAGCGUGUUUUCUAUUUUUAUAUCAUUUUGCAAAAGGUUUAACUCGGUUUUAAAGUAAAUAAAAGGAAUCAGUUAAAGACAAA